AUGCACCACGGGCGAGUACGUCGCAAGAACGGCAGUCUUAGAGCCUCCAAAGCUGGCCAGCGUCGCAAUAUGUCCCAUUUGAUACCCGAUCAUGCCCCUCCACCUCAGUCCAAAACCGUCACCGUUAGCGACGAUAGUCCUGAUACCUCCGACGCCGCUUCGAACACUUCAGCGACCACCGUUAUCACCAACACCUCUAGCAUCCCUGCCACCUCUCCCACCAACGGGGUCGAUUCCGUGAAAAGAGCCAUGGCCCGCAAGGCUUCGUCGCCGAUGGCGCCCCCUUUCAUGGUGUCCGCGCCGGGCAAGGUCAUCGUCUUCGGUGAACAUGCCGUCGUGCACGGCAAGGCUGCCAUGGCCGCCGCAAUUUCUCUUCGCUCCUACUUUCUCGUAACCACCCUGUCCAAAUCGCAGCGCACUAUCACCUUAAAUCUCAGGGACAUGGAUUUCAACCACACCUGGAACAUUGACGAUCUGCCCUGGGACCUCUUCAAACAGCCCUCCAAGAAGAAAUACUAUUACGACCUAGUGACCAGCCUCGACCAAGAACUGUACGACUCUCUAAAACCAUGCGUUGAAGACAUAUCGCCCAAGGCAUCCGAGGAAAUACGGAAGAAGCACAAAGGGUCGGCGCUGGCGUUUUUGUACCUAUUCUGCUCCUUGGGCUCACCCCAGCACCCAGGAGCUAUAUAUACUUUGCGCUCAACUAUCCCCAUGGGUGCAGGUCUUGGAAGCAGCGCCAGUGUCUGCACUUGUUUUAGUGCUGCGUUGCUACUUCAGAUCCGUACUCUAGCAGGCCCCCAUGAUGACCAGCCCCCGGAUGAAGCGGAGUUACAGAUCGAGCGUAUCAACCGGUGGGCUUUUGUCGGAGAAUUAUGUAUACACGGAAACCCAAGUGGUGUGGACAACACGGUUUCCACCGGCGGAAAGGCCGUGAUUUUCAGGAGAGAGGACUACUCGAAGCCCCCCAAAGUCAUACCGCUACCGAACUUCCCGGAAUUGCCGCUCCUGCUCGUUGACACACGACAGAGCCGCUCGACGGCGGUUGAAGUUGCCAAAGUUGGGAAGCUCAAGAAGGAACAUCCAGUCGUCACCGAAUCGAUCCUCGAUGCCAUCGACAAGGUCACUGUGUCUGCGCAAGAUGCGAUCCAGGGGGUGGAUGGCGAUAGUAUCGACAAGGAGACUCUCGAACAUAUCGGAACGCUGGUUCGUGUCAAUCACGGUUUCCUAGUGUCCCUGGGGGUAUCCCAUCCACGACUGGAGCGAAUCCGGGAACUGGUCGACUUUGCCAAUAUCGGUUGGACAAAGUUGACCGGUGCAGGCGGCGGUGGUUGUGCAAUCACACUCCUGCGCCCAGAUGCUAGCGCGGACGCGCUCCGUGAGCUGGAGGGCAAGCUUGCUGCAGAGAAUUUCUCAAAGUAUGAGACAACCUUGGGUGGAGACGGUAUUGGAGUCCUCUGGCCAGCGGUGCUACACAACGGCACCAACGAAGAGGGCGGCGAAGAGAUCGACCAGCAGAAGUUUGAGAACGCCGACGGACCCGAAGGCAUUGAGCGUCUUGUUGGCGUCGGCGUUCAAGAACGCCGGGAAGGCUGGAAGUUCUGGAAACGAGCUGUCUGA